GCCCAGUCAUGAGAAUAAAAACCUAGCGCUUUAUCUAUACUAUUAUUCAUCUUCUCGGCUUUCCCACAUACGCACGCAUCUACAGACGAAUCUACAUCAGCUAUGGCCGUCGUGGAAGAUAUACGAGCCACUGCCGCUCGCCUCAACGUCGACCUAUCCUCCCUCGACCUUGAUUCCAUUCGCCUACCCGCCGGAGAAGACUUCGGCGUCAUCAGUGACGAUGAAGAUUUUAAAGAUGAGGAGGCCUUAGAAUUAGAAGAAGGGUUCGGGAACAUCAUUGUGGCAGAUAAUCUGCCAGUGGUGCCUAAGGAGAAAUUCGAGAAAUUGGAAGGCGUAGUUCGGAAAAUUUACAGUCAGAUUGGGGUUAUUAAGGAGGGUGGGCUUUGGAUGCCUGUUGACCCCGACACUCAGAAAACCCUAGGAUAUUGCUUCGUGGAGUUUAACACUCCUCAGGUAAAAUUAGAAGAAGGGUUCGGGAACAUCAUUGUGGCAGAUAAUCUGCCAGUGGUGCCUAAGGAGAAAUUCGAGAAAUUGGAAGGCGUAGUUCGGAAAAUUUACAGUCAGAUUGGGGUUAUUAAGGAGGGUGGGCUUUGGAUGCCUGUUGACCCCGACACUCAGAAAACCCUAGGAUAUUGCUUCGUGGAGUUUAACACUCCUCAGGAGAAUCUGCAAAAAUGGCUUACUGAUGAAAAAGCAAGAGAUCAAUUUGUUAUACGUGCCGGCUUAGAUACUGAGGUCUUAUGGAAUGAUGCCAGACAAAUGAAGACGGAUCCUGUUUACAGAAGAACUAACUGGACAGAUAGUUUUGUGCAGUGGUCACCAUUGGGUACUUACUUGGCCACAGUGCACAGGCAAGGUGCAGCUAUUUGGGGUGGUGCAACUACUUUUAAUCGUUUGAUGCGAUAUGCUCAUCCCCAGGUUAAACUGAUUGAUUUUUCACCUGGCGAGAGAUUUUUGGUGACUUAUAGCAGCCAUGAGCCAAGCAAUCCUCGUGAUACUCAUAGAGUUCUCAUAAACAUCUUUGAUGUGAGAACUGGAAAAGUUAUGAGGGAUUUCAAAGGGAGCGCAGAUGAAUUUUCAUCUGCCGUUGGAACUGGAGGUGUAAGUGGCGUGUCAUGGCCCGUCUUCAGAUGGGGUGGUGGAAAAGAUGAUAAGUACUUUGCUAGAAUUGGAAAAAAUGUUGUCUCUGUUUAUGAAACUGAAACGUUCACUCUUAUUGACAAGAAAUCUAUAAAGGUUGAAAAUGUCAUUGACUUCAACUGGUCACCUACUGAUCCCAUUCUUGCGCUCUUUGUCCCUGAACUGGGUGGAGGAAAUCAACCUGCAAGGGUGAGUCUUGUGCAAAUCCCAAGCAAGGAAGAGUUGAGGCAAAAGAAUCUCUUCAGUGUUAGUGAUUGUAAAAUGUACUGGCAAAGUAAUGGAGAUUAUCUGGCAGUUAAAGUUGAUCGAUACACGAAAACCAAGAAGAGCACAUAUACCGGGUUUGAGCUUUUCAGGAUCAAAGAACGGGACAUACCCAUUGAAGUUCUGGAGCUUGAGAAUAAGAAUGAUAAGAUUAUAGCAUUUGCCUGGGAGCCAAAAGGUCACAGGUUUGCAGUUAUACAUGGUGAUAGUCCGAGGCCUGAUGUGAGUUUCUACACAAUGCGCAGUGGUAGUAACACUGGUCGCGUUUCCAAACUCAUUACUCUCAAAGGCAAGCAGGCAAAUGCUCUUUACUGGUCACCAGCUGGCCGGUUCAUUAUACUGGCAGGGUUAAAGGGCUUUAACGGGCAACUUGAAUUUUACAAUGUUGAAGAGCUUGAGACCAUGGCUCAGAGUGAGCAUUUCAUGGCGACUGAUGUGGAAUGGGAUCCAACUGGGAGGUAUGUUGUGACGGCCGUUACAUCUGUUCAUGAGAUGGAGAAUGGUUUUAAUGUUUGGUCCUUCAGCGGAAAACUGCUGUACAGAAUACUCAAGGAUCAUUUUUUCCAAUUCUUGUGGCGUCCAAGACCCCCAACAUUCUUGAGCCCAGAGAAGGAAGAAGAGAUAGCCAAGAACUUGAAGAAAUACAGCAAAAAGUAUGAAGCGGAGGACCAAGAUGUGUCGAUGCUUUUGAGCGAGCANGGACCGCGAGAAGAGAAGGACUCUCAAGGAAGAGUGGGAGAGGUGGGUCGGUGAGUGGAAGCGACUGCACGAACAAGAGAAGUUGGAGAGGCAGAAGAAGAGGAAUAUCAAGCCAAGGAAGUCGAAAUUGAGGAGGUCUUGGAUAUUUCUGAAGAAAUUAUAGUAUUUGAUUAA